AUGACGCAAAGGAUCGGGUUCCCGUGCUGCGGCCUAAUCCGGAGACUGCACUUGCCGAGGCUGCUUCUCUUGGGUGUGGCCUGCCACUCUGUCGUCUGCGGCCUUUUACAAUCUGUUCUUGAAGGAAGUGCCAGCCUUCGGCAUCUUGCCAGUAACGGGUCAAACCACGUUGCCUUCCCAACUGCUUUCAAAUCAAGAGUACGUCUUGUAGCAGUUUCAAAGGAAGUUCUAGAAGAUAUUUUGGACCUUGAUUUAUCUGUCUCAGAAACAGAUGAUUUUAUCCAGCUUGUAAGUGGUGAAAAGAUAGUGUUUGGAUCUGUUCCAUUGGCUCACCGGUAUGGUGGGCAUCAGUUUGGAAUAUGGGCAGAUCAGCUUGGGGAUGGAAGAGCCCACCUUAUUGGAAUUUAUAUGAACAGACAUGGUGAUGGUAGAGCUGUACUUCGAUCCUCAGUGAGAGAAUUCUUGUGUAGCGAGGCUAUGUAUUAUCUUGGAAUUCCAACUAGCAGAGCUGCAAGUCUGGUUGUAAGUGAUGAUGAAGUAUGGCGAGACCAGUUUUACAAUGGAAAUAUCAUGAAAGAACGAGGUGCAGUAGUGCUGCGUGCUGCAAAAUCAUGGUUUAGAAUUGGAUCAUUAGAGAUUUUGGCUCAUUAUGGUGAACUGGAUUUACUGAGGACAUUAUUAGACUUCAUCAUACAGGAGCAUUUUCCCUCUGUAGAUGUCAAAGAACCUAAUAGAUACAUGGAUUUUUUUUCUAUUGUGGUAUCUGAGACAGCACAACUGAUUGCCUUGUGGAUGUCUGUUGGUUUUGCUCAUGGUGUUUGUAAUACUGAUAACUUCAGUUUGUUAUCCAUUACAAUUGACUAUGGUCCAUUUGGUUUUAUGGAGGCCUAUAAUCCAGAUUUUGUACCAAAUAUAUCUGAUGAUGAAAGAAGAUAUAAAAUAGGAAAUCAGGCCAAUAUUGGGAUGUUUAAUUUAAACAAGUUGUUACAAGCUCUAAACCCAUUACUGGAUUCUAGGCAAAAGCAGCUUGCUGUUCAGAUUCUUGAGGGGUACCCUGUUCUUUAUUAUACAAGAUUUAGCAAAUUGUUCAAAGCCAAAUUGGGAUUACUUGGAGAAAGGGAGGAGGAUGAUAACUUAAUUGCAUUUCUCUUACAUCUCAUGGAAAUGACAGAAGCUGAUUUUACAAUGACGUUUCGGGAGCUCAGUGAGAUUACUCAAAGCCAGUUACUGGAGCUCAACAUUCCUCAGCAAUUCUGGGCACUGAAGACAGUUUCAAAGCACAAACUCUUUCCUGCCUGGGUGUCCCAGUACCUUUUGAGAUUGAAGAGUAACAUGAAUGACUCAGAUUCUGAAAGAAGAAGAAGAAUGACAUCUGUCAACCCUAGGUAUGUGCUGAAGAACUGGAUGGCAGAAUCUGCAGUGCAGAAAGCAGAAAGGAAUGAUUUUUCAGAGGUCCAUCUUCUCCAGGAAGUUCUCCAGCAUCCCUUCCAGAAGCAUUCUGCAGCUGAGAAGGCAGGCUACUCUGCACCUACUCCUUCUUGGGCUAAAGAUCUCAGAGUUAGUUGCUCAUCUUAAUUUGGGAAAAGCAAAUUAAGGAAUACCUCUAUCAUUGAACUUAACACAGAAUAAUUUGUUUAAUAAAUUCUUAAUGAUCAUCCACAUUUUGAUGAAAAUCCCACAUUGGGUAAUAAUGAUUGUAUAUAAAAAUGUUUUUUAGCCAAAUAAAUUGGGCCUUAUUCUCUGAAUCAUCUUUGUGAUCAUUUUUGUCCUAAUAACUUAAAUGGAAUAAUAAAGUGUUUUUGGUAAACUA